GUCACACACUUGCACACGUCGUUGAGAAUAAAUGUUCACGCUAAAAUAAAUAAAGUUGUGGAAAAUUUCAAAUAGAAUACAUUUUCUGAGUAACUUAUCGUAUCCAUUAAACAUAUUUUACGUAUCAUUUCUAUUUUUAUUUAUACAUUUUUUAUGCCCUCUGAAUUGCGAAUGUAGACAAUCUCUGAUGCGCAUUUAAUUUAAUCAAAUAAGUCGUGCCUACACCAGACCACCACACCCAGCUCAGUAAAUAUACAAAGUGCCUGCUGUGCCCAAAACGUCAUUACAUCUUCACCACCCAUAUACCCUCUCCCAUUGGCCACCUAACUGCCCAUGUCCACCGUCUAUCAGGCGGCCAAGGAAUUAUGAACAUCUUAAAAGUCAACACCACAGAAGCCAGGUAGAUUGUGUGCAGCACGGCUUCGCAGGGAGCAUUUUUUCUACUCUACGCUCCACUUCGUGUUCGCUAACCUGAGUGGGAAACAUUCACCGAUAUUCAGGAAGACGUAACAACGUUAUAUGCUGGUCGCGGCAACAUGAAACGAACACGCUCCUUUUCGUGCAUCGUGAUGCUCGGAGGCCUUGUGCUCUUCUACAUAUACUUGAAGUAUCACGUGCUGUCCAGCCAGCAAAACCUCAAAGCACUGAGUGCAGGGAAUGGAGAUGUUCACCAGACGAGAUUCAGGUCUCGCAAGAGGAUUCCCACAAAAAGCUUUGCACAGGUGCAGAGGACGACCAUCCUACGUGAAGCGUGCAGAAAACUUGGAUACAAAUCAGUGCAAACAAAGCAUUUCACGAAGGACAUGCUGGAGCACAUUUACGUGGUGGAUAGUCACCACCUGCUCUACUGUGGGAUUGCCCACGUGGGGGACAUAAAUUGGAAGAAAAUCGCUCUGGUCCUCAGCGGCUACGCAGCCUCGGCCGACGAGAUUUCGAGCUCCGAAUCGCAGACCGACAACGGGCUGAAACGGCUGAGCGAACACAACCCUUCCGAGGCCCUGAGUCGCAUGUACAACUACACAAGCAUGCUGUUUGUGCGGGAUCCCAUGGAACGCGUGGUCUCUGCCUUCCGUGAAAUGAUGGAAAAACAGGUUUCAUUCGAGAAGGACUCCCUUGGGGGCACGAUGACAAGAACGGGUCAAGGCGUCACAUUUCCAGAGUUCGUGCAGUUUCUCCUGAACACGACGGAUCAACAAGACAUUGAUUGGCACUGGAGGCCCUACCACCGUGUCUGUAACCCGUGCCUCGUGCGCUAUACCUUCAUUGGCAAGCUGGAAACCUCGCAGAGUGACGCGGCUGAAUUACUGUCAUUAGUAAACGCCCCGCAAGACUUAACUUAUCCUUCGACGGUCACUGCCGAAUCAUUUGAAAAUAUUACUCAGCGCUACUUGGCCCAGCUGUCACCUGAAAUGCAAGAAGCUCUUUAUAAAACCUAUUACGUGGACUACUUGCUUUUUGGAUACCCGCUCCCACCAGGCUUGUUAGACAAGUUACUGUAGUUACAAAUAAAGACACGCAUAGUUUAAUUACACUGUAUGCAUUUCCGCACAGUGGAUAUUGAUAAACCAAUUAACUGUUUUUUUUGUAUUUAGCUUGUCCUUCCCCCACACCUCCGAUUAGCACGGUUGGCUACGUACGGCGCAAACGACGUUCAACAUACGUAUGUGACUCUAAAGUCGGGUGGCACACAUCCGUAUAGGCAAGCCUGAAUGAGGGAAAAGUCAAGUCCUAGCUGGCCAUGGAGUGAAUUCUAGUCAUAUAGAGCUGACAUUGUACACACAUAUUGUCGAGACUACACCUUUAUUUAGAAAAAAAAAACUAUCCUGAUUGUGGGCUGCACAAAAUUUGGGCACUGUAUUUUUUCAUUAUGGAACCUUGGGCCAUUUGGCAGUUUUGAAGGGUGCUGAAUCCAGCUUUGAUGUGAUAUUUUUGGCAACUGUUGUUUAGAUAUUUCUUGGAGUGUGGUACAGAGAUAAUGCGAAUUACAGUAUCAAAAGGAACCUUUGCAUAAUGCUGAUGUGUAACUUUUAUUGCAGAGUAUAUAAAGGAACUCGAGUUGUUCUCUUUGGCUGUUGGAAGAAAGUCAUAACUUCCUUAGUUAAGGAAGUGCACUUUAAUGAGUGAAAAAUAUUUGUUCUUUCUACACAAACGUAUUUGAUCAGCUCGAUGAAAUACAGUAGACACAUGGAUAUUGUGAUAACUAUAUUCACCUUGUGAUUGGUUUUAUUGGGUUGUCAUUUCCUCUAACUUAUCUUUCAUGUCCAUAUCAUGGAAAUGGCCCGCAACCUAAAAACAAACAGUUGCUAUGUUGUAGGUUUCAUACCUCGGCAAUGCGUUCUGGACUGACAGGAGUUUGAAAAACUGGAGCUCUCCUGACGUGUUUCGAGUUGUAGCUUGUGUUGUCUUUCAAGCACCUGGAGUGAAGCGUGCAGAAUAACACGCAGUACAACCUUAAACAGCAUCGGAGAGCAAUACACAGCACAUCCGCGAAAACCUUCGAAGUGGUUUCAAGAUCUAUUCAAUAGAAAAAAAGAGUGAGUCAGAAUUGCUGCUUUGGCAUUCCCUAGUGAUGCCAAUGUAGUUUAGCCGCUGCCAUAUAAAAAACAACCCAUCUACAUCAACAUCACACACUGAACGGUGGAAGCCAGCGCGCCUUGUGAUGCAGCGGCAUCACAAGGCGCGCUGUACAGAGGGAGCCGGGCCGUGUUCAUUCAAUCACAAUCGGUGCCCGCUGUGGUCAUUCAAAUCAGAAAGGGCUGUCCUGAAGUCAGGAGGCGACGAUGCUGGCUUUAUUUUAUGGAUGAAUCGAUAGUUACAGCAGCGGUUGUGGUUGCGGCACAGACGCGAGUCAAUGCUGAUUUGGUAACAAAAUAAAAUGCGUAUCGACAAUUGCGUUGCGUUCUUCUUGUGUGAGGAAGAUCAUAGUUGACAAAGUGGUGGGAUUGAUGAUCGUGAUCAUGAAGUUGUUAGUGAUGACACUGGUGAUGCUUCCUCGCAUAAUAGGCGCCUCCUUAACUGGGCAAUGCGACUGGCUUUGAUCAUCUACAAUUCAUAUUGGUAUUCGUAUUCAAAUGAAAAUACAGUAUUGAAUUCUCGCGGUGUCCGACUGUAAAUGACAGUUUACAGGAGCUAACACGAGAGGGCAGCAUUGUCACGUUUUGAAUGCGAAUCGCAUCAGCAAAGGGGGAGCUGACUGAGCUUUAUGUGCGGAUUCCAGGAGUUUGGGCGUUUUCACGUUUUGUCAGGCAUAGCUUCUAGGGUAGCUUUCGUAUCUCUGCACCAACGACCAUGAGACACACACACACAUCAGCCCACACACACCACAAAACACCACACUGCUCAAUUACCCAGUCUUUGGUUCAAGCAGCAGCUUUGAACAGAUCCACUGAACAUAAAUAUUACAGCUGAUAUCCGGGCAUGGCCUCGUGUGGAUGUGUGUGGCUUAGGCUCCACUCCCCGAGCCACUAAAUGCAUCACGCGGUCUGCAACAAGCACAAUUGUACGGCUACAAAACGCAAAUCGAUUUGCGGAAUUUAAACAAAGGGUGUGUCUUAUUGGGAGAUUGGGUUCAGACAAUAGGAAUGUGGAAUUCAUACCAAAGGGGCGCUGGACCACCAACGGAAAUGAGCAAUAGUUGUUUAAACAGGGCUAGGGUUUAACAGAGAUGAUACACCGAAUAUCAACUGUACUGUUUGUGUGUAAAAGUGAGGGGAGCGGUCGGCCACCCGAGUUCGAUUCCCGCUCACG